GUUCAAUUUCGUUUUAGAUUAAUGAAGUUCAUAAAUUGAUGUAUUAGGAUGUUCAAUCUAAAUUUACGCAAAAUAUCAAUUAACUUUCUUUGACAGAAGGCGGGAAAGUGAACAAUGUGUGUAUAUUCCUAAGAAGAUGUGCGCUACUUUGUUUAUACAUAUAUCAAACAAUUAUCGAUCUUUAACUAAACAACCUCAUUUUUGCAUCCACUGAACGGCUACAACAUUUGAUUUGGUGUUGUUUUAAGAAUAACAUUAAGGACUAUUUUUUAUUUAAUUUGUAUUUCACAAAAUAACUCACAAUGGAGAAAAGCGAAUAUGAAAUACAGCAUUUCAACUUCUCUGUAGAACAGUUUUCGUUAGAGAGGCGGCAUUAUUUGAAUAAGAUAUUAUCACUGACACUUCAAUCAAUGGUGAACAAAUUAUCCAUGGGUAAUGACGAUACAGCCGUAUUUUUACUAGAGCAGAAAGAAAAAGUGAAAAGUAAAAUGCUUAGUGACAUGGAACAAAAACUCACUGCUAUUGAGGAAAUGGACUUAAAGAAUUUUUCUAUACCGGAUUAUGUUCUGUUGGCAACAGAUUAUUAUCUUUCCAAGCAAUAUACUGAAGAAGACAAAAUGAAUGCAGACAAAGAGUUAGCAGACAUGAAACAAAAAUUUCUUGAGAACUCUGUAAUGAUAGCGUCGUUGAAAAUUGAAAAUGAAAAAUAUGAAGAAACAAGCAUAGAGAUGAACAAUGAAGAGAAAUUGUUAGUACAAAUUCAAACGGCAUUGCAAUUAAUGGAAUCCCAAUGGGAGAAGGUGAAACAUUUGGCUAAAGAAACCGAAAGUUUGGAACAAUAGAAGAGGUAUUUGUAAUAAUUGAUAUUUGUUGAUGGUUAAAUUGGGGAAUAAGAAAGACAUUGAUUUUGAUAAAUAAAAAUAUUUAUUAAAAAAAUUAUUAUUAUUUAAAUAUUUUGAUAAUUCACAACAAUUGUUUUCCGAGAGUAGUAUUAACCAUAAAUAUAAAUGGGAAGGUAUAAGUGGGAGAAAACAUUCCCCAACUAUUUUUUGAAAUGUCUGUCCUGUAUGUGGGAACUGUUUAUAUCUGUCUCUACUCUGCAUGAUGCACCAGGUCGAUCUGGUUAACAUAGAAAUGACUAUGGAGUGAAGAUUUUUCACAAGAAAAAUAAUAUUUGCAAAAAAAAAACAAA